AGCCACGGCUAUAAAUAACUUUUCUAAUCUCUUUCUCUUAGAACCAAAACUCCAUUGAUAAGCUGCUCCCAACCAUGUCGACGACAAACUCCAAACCCAUAACAUGCAAAGGAAUUGUAAGUUGGGGAAAAGAUGAGGAAUUGAAGGUGGAAGAGAUCCAAGUUGAACCACCAACAUCAUUUGAAGUUCGACUUAAAAUGCUAUAUGCCAGUGUUUGUCACUCUGAUAUAUUGUUUGCCAGUGGAUUUCCAAUCCCAUCUUUUCCUCGGGUAAUGGGUCAUGAAGGAGUGGGGGUGGUAGAGAGCAUUGGAGAGGGAGUGAGUGGCUUAAGAGAAGGAGAUCUUGUGAUUCCAACCUAUAUAGGAGAGUGUAAAACAUGCGAUAAUUGCAUGUUGGAUAAGACCAAUUUAUGCUUAAAAUACCCAUUAAGCUACAAUGGGUUAAUGGUGGACGGCACUUCGAGGAUGUCCAUAGGAGGUCAAACUGCCUACCAUGCAUUUACAUGCUCAACAUGGUGCCAAUACACAGUUAUCAAUGUCAACUUUGUUCUCAAGAUUGACCCACAAGUUCCACUCUCCGAUGCUAGCUUCCUUUCAUGUGGUUUUUCAACUGGAUAUGGGGCCGCUUGGAAGGAAGCCAACGUUGAAAAUGGCUCAUCUGUUGCUGUUUUCGGCCUUGGAGCUGUUGGGUUAGGGGCUAUCAACGGAGCCAAAAGUGGAGGUGCUAAUAGAAUAAUUGGUAUAGAUAAUAACCCAAGAAAAGAAGCAAAGGGGCGAGCUUUUGGGAUGACGGAUUUUAUAAACCCUGAUGAAUCUGAUAAAUCUAUACAAGAAUUAGUGAGAGAAUUAAGUCUAGGAAUGGGCGUUGACUACAGCUUUGAAUGCACUGGAGUUCCACUCCUCAUCAACGAAGCAAUUCAGUCCACAAAACCGGGAGCAGGAAAAAUCAUACAGAUUGGAGCAGGAGAGAUGAAUGUAAGCAUAAACAUGUUAGGGAUUCUCAUGGGAAGAACACUGAAGGGAUCAGUUUUCGGAGGGCUCAAAGCCAGAUCCGACCUUCCAAUCAUAUACGAAAAAUCUAAAAACAAAGAAAUCCAGCUUGAUGAACUUUUGACUCACGAGAUUAAGCUGGAAGACGCUACCAAGGCUUUUGAGUUGACGAAGCAACCCGAUUGUGUCAAGAUUCUGAUCAACAUUUGAUCCAUAAUUAUGACAUAUAUAAAGCAAAGUACUGUCUUGGUUGCUCUU